CUCUUCCACAACGAACUCUUCCACGACCUCUACAACCACACCUUCUGCUUCGAGAAGUACCCCAUGGAGGAGUGGGUGGCCUGGAUGAACCUCUACCGGGUCUUCAUCGGCUUCCUCUUCCCCUGGGUCCUGAUGCUCUUCUCCUACCAGGGGAUCCUGCGGGCCGUGCGGGGGAACAUCUCCACGGAGAGGGAGGAGAAGGCCAAGAUCAAGCGCCUCUCGCUCAGCCUGAUCGCCAUCCUCCUCGUCUGCUUCGGGCCCUACCACCUCAUCCUGCUGUCCCGCAGCACCGUCUACCUGAGCAAGCCCUGCGACUGCAGCUUCGAGGAGAAGGUGUUUGUGGCCUACCACACCUCGCUGGCCUUCACCAGCCUGAACUGCGUGGCCGACCCCAUCCUCUACUGCUUCGCCAACGAGGGGGCCCGGAACGACGUGGCCAAGGCCCUCUCCACCAUGGUACGCUUUCUCACCAGCUCCAAGCCCCAGGAGAUGGCCAACGCCUCCCUCACCCUCGACACCCCGCUCUCCUCCAAGAAAAACACCUUCUGCCGGCAGCCCCUGGCCCUCCCUCUGCCACCCUCGCAGGCUGCGGGGGGGACGCGGGACGAGGAGCUCCAAAUGAAGAUAUUGACUUUUAGCCACUGA